AUGGGAAUCGAAGAGAUACGGGCGGCGGACGAAAAGCCGGAAGCUACUGUCGGCCAUGCUGCUGAUGAUGUGCACUCGACCACGCCAGACGUCGAGCAGGGACAAGCUCAUGACAAACCGCAUGGACGGCGCGGACGUGUAGCUUCAAUCUACGGCCAUCCGUGGUUUCAGAUUCUCUUGAUAAGCUUGAUAUGCUUUUGUUGUCCUGGCAUGUACAAUGCGCUCAGCGGUCUAGGAGGAUCCGGACAAGUCGAUCCGACAGUCGCGGCUAAUGCGAAUGUUGCGCUGCUCUCCGCGACUGCUGGCACGGCGCUGUUCGUUGUCGGUCCCAUCUUUGACCUAGUUGGACCUCGAGUCUGUUUACUCCUUGGCGGAUGGACAUAUGUUUUGUAUUCUGGGAGCUUACUUGCAUUUAAUUACCACUCCAACGGCGCAUUCGUAAUAGCCGCCGGGGCUAUUCUCGGCAUCGGCGCAGCCUUUCUCUGGGUCUCCCAGGGCGCCAUCAUGACCACCUACGUGCCCGAAUCGCAAAAAGGCCGCGCGAUUGCCGUGUUCUGGAUCAUAUUCAACCUCGGCGGCGGGGUCGGCUCGCUCGCCAGUUUCGGGCUCAACUACCACUCGACGUCUGGCACCGUGUCCAACGCGACAUAUAUUGCCCUGAUGAUCAUCAUGGCCGUCGGCUGGGGCCUCGGCGUCUUCAUCUGCUCGCCCUCGCGCGUGCGCAGCCCGCAGAUUCUCGAAUGCAAGCCUACCGAGAAAUCACUCCGCUUCAUGGCCAAGCUCGCGGUCAAGACCAUCUCGCGGUAUCAGGUGCUCUGCAUGCUGCCGCUGUUCUUCUGCGCCAAUGUGUUUUACUCGUAUCAGCAAAACGACGUCAACGGGAUGAAUUUCGACAUUCGCUCCCGCUCGCUCAAUGGCGCCUUGUAUUGGAUUGCUCAGAUGUUUGGAGGCCUCGUCAUGGGCGGCUUGUUGGAUUGGUCGAGGGUAUGGCCCAUUACCUUGGGUCCUAUUAAAAUCGGCUCCUCCACCUCCCUAAUUCUACUCAACCGGCGACACCGGGCGAUUAUAUCCUGGGUUUUCCUCUUCUCCACCGGCAUGUGCAUCUGGGGCGGGGGCUACGCAUUCCAGAAAUGGUCCGACGCGCGACUCUCCCGCGGGUUGAAGCAAGACAUUGACUUCAAAUCCCGCAAAAUCUACGUCGGGCCCAUGUUCCUGUACAUUUUCUACGGCGCGUACGAUGCCUUUUGGCAAGGGUUCUGCUACUGGCUGAUGGGCGCGCAGUCCAACAGCCCCGCGGUCGCGGCCAUCCUGGUCGGCGCGUACAAGACAUUCCAGAGCGUCGGCGGCGCCAUGGCGUGGCGCAUUAAUGCGCUUAAGAAACUGCCUAUGACGCAGCUCGCGAUGGAUUGGGGCCUGUGUAUUGGCGCCCUUGUCAUUGCGUUGCCCACGGUCCUCUCGACGACGCUGACGAGUAAGGAUACGGAGUAUAUUCGUGGCGUGGGCGUGCGUGAUGAUGAUGAUGAGCGCGGCGAGGUUGGUGGUGGUGAGCAUGAAGGAACUGCAGGGCUUGCAGGGCAAGGAGAGAGUGGAGAGAGUGCAGAUGCAGAAGUGCCCGGGCCAAAGCAGAAGAGGAGGUAA